AUGUGGUCCAUCAUUGAAACAGGAAACUUCACUCCAAUGACUGUCGCCACUGACGCUGCUCCUGCUGCUCCAAAACCUCAAGCGUUGUGGACUCCUGAAGAAAAAAAUCAGGUACUCUUAAACUCAAAAGCUCAAUUUAUUUUAUCAUGUGCUCUUAGCAGAGAAGAAUACGAUAGAAUUGAAGAAUGUAACACUGCCAAAGAAAUCUGGGACAACCUUGAAAUUCAUCAUGAAGGAACAAGCCAUGUCAAAGAAGAAAGAAUAGAUAUGGGAGUAAAAAAAUUUGAAACUUUUGAAAUGAAAGAAGAUGAAACCAUAGAUGAAAUGUUCUCCAGAUUUACUAUUAUUAUUAAUGAAUUAAGAUCUCUUGGAAAAACUUACUCUCCUCACGAGAGGAUAAGAAAAUUACUUAGAUGUCUUCCUAAGGUAUGGAGACCAAUGGUCACUGCCAUUACUCAAGCUAAGGAUCUAACAAGUCUACCAGUUGAGGAACUUGUUGAAGGAUAG